GGGGGUGAGUCAGCCACUGUCUAAACGAUAAAGGGAGGCGGCUCCGCGGGAUAGGGCUGAAUUCAGUAAAUGGGCUCGUGCUGCGGUCUCUUCGGAGACGCUGCUAUCUUAGCGUCAGCGAGGGAAGGUUGAGGAGGAGCUAGAGCCGGGUCCUGCAGCCUUUCUCGCCAUCAGUGCCCGUCGCCAUCUCCACCAUGCAGUCCCGGGAAGACGCCCCGCGCUCUCGCCGCCUCGCCAGUCCCCGUGGUGGGAAGCGGCCCAAGAAGAUUCACAAACCCACAGUUUCGGCCUUUUUCACGGGUCCAGAGGAAUUAAAGGACACGGCCCAUUCUGCAGCCCUGCUGGCACAGCUCAAGUCCUUCUACGAUGCGCGGCUGCUGUGUGAUGUGACCAUCGAGGUGGUGACGCCUGGCAGCGGGCCUGGCACGGGUCGCCUGUUCCCCUGCAACCGCAAUGUGCUGGCCGCGGCAUGUCCCUACUUCAAGAGCAUGUUCACAGGUGGCAUGUACGAGAGCCAGCAGGCCAGCGUGACCAUGCACGAUGUGGACGCCGAGUCCUUCGAGGUAUUGGUCGACUACUGCUACACGGGUCGUGUGUCUCUCAGUGAGGCCAACGUGGAGCGCCUGUACGCGGCCUCCGACAUGCUACAGCUGGAAUAUGUGCGGGAAGCCUGUGCCUCCUUCUUAGCCCGACGUCUUGACCUGACCAACUGCACCGCCAUCCUCAAGUUUGCAGACGCCUUCGGCCAUCGCAAGCUGCGAUCCCAGGCCCAAUCCUAUAUAGCUCAGAAUUUCAAGCAGCUCAGCCACAUGGGUUCAAUUCGGGAGGAGACUCUAGCAGAUCUAACCCUGGCCCAGCUGCUGGCUGUCCUGCGCUUGGAUAGUCUGGACGUGGAGAGUGAGCAGACAGUGUGCCACGUGGCAGUGCAGUGGCUGGAGGCUGCUCCCAAAGAGCGGGGUCCCAAUGCUGCAGAAGUCUUCAAGUGCGUGCGCUGGAUGCACUUCACUGAAGAAGAUCAGGACUACUUAGAAGGGCUGCUGACCAAGCCCAUCGUCAAGAAGUACUGCCUGGACGUUAUUGAAGGGGCCCUGCAGAUGCGCUAUGGUGACCUGUUGUACAAGUCUCUGGUGCCAGUGCCAAACAGCAGCAGCAGCAGUAGCAGCAGCAACUCUCUUGUAUCUGCAGCAGAAAAUCCACCCCAGAGACUGGGUAUGUGUGCCAAGGAGAUGGUGAUCUUCUUUGGACACCCCAGAGAUCCCUUUCUCUGCUGUGAUCCAUACUCUGGGGACCUUUACAAAGUGCCAUCACCUUUGACCUGUCUGGCUCACACUAGGACUGUCACCACUUUAGCUGUCUGUAUCUCUCCUGACCAUGACAUCUAUCUAGCUGCUCAGCCCAGGACAGACCUUUGGGUGUAUAAACCAGCUCAGAAUAGUUGGCAGCAACUUGCAGAUCGCUUGCUGUGUCGUGAGGGCAUGGAUGUAGCAUAUCUCAAUGGCUACAUCUACAUUUUGGGGGGGCGAGACCCUAUUACUGGAGUUAAGUUGAAGGAAGUGGAAUGCUACAAUGUUAAGAGAAACCAGUGGGCAUUGGUGGCUCCACUGCCCCAUUCUUUUUUAUCCUUUGACCUAAUGGUAAUUCGAGACUAUCUCUAUGCUCUCAACAGUAAGCGCAUGUUCUGUUAUGAUCCUAGCCAUAAUAUGUGGCUGAAGUGCGUUUCUCUGAAGCGCAAUGACUUUCAGGAAGCGUGCGUCUUCAAUGAGGAGAUCUAUUGUAUCUGUGACAUCCCAGUCAUGAAGGUCUACAACCCGGUUAGGGCAGAAUGGAGGCAAAUGAAUAAUAUUCCCUUGGUCUCAGAGACCAACAACUACAGGAUUAUCAAGCAUGGCCAAAAAUUGUUGCUCAUCACCUCUCGCACCCCACAGUGGAAAAAGAACCGGGUGACUGUGUAUGAAUAUGAUAUUAGAGGAGACCAAUGGAUUAAUAUAGGUACCACAUUAGGCCUCUUGCAGUUUGAUUCUAACUUUUUUUGCCUCUCUGCUCGUGUUUAUCCUUCCUGCCUUGAACCUGGUCAGAGUUUCCUCACUGAAGAAGAAGAAAUACCAAGUGAGUCUAGCACUGAAUGGGACUUAGGUGGAUUCAGUGAGCCGGACUCUGAGUCAGGAAGUUCAAGUUCUCUUUCUGAUGAUGAUUUUUGGGUGCGUGUAGCGCCUCAGUGAAAUGCACAGGAUCAACAGGGUUUGUUGUAACUAAAUUGAAACACUUAAGUUGUUUUUACUGUUUUGGAAAAUAUCUUAAAUAUCCUUUUUGUUCCUAAAGGAGAGGAAAAGUUGAUUAACUUCUGGUUUAGUUUAAAAAAAGUAAUGUUUGAAAUACGAAGGUAAUUUAAUGUUACAAGUUUUAACACUCAAAUCAACCUUUUAAUAAUUUUCUGUGCUAAGGGUCCAGUAUUUAUUUGAUUAGUAUGUUUAUGUUUCAUGACACUAGUCUUUUGAUAAAUUUUACAUUCUGUUUACUGCCACAAGCACUGUGGCAAUAACUUUUGAACUUUAAUUUUUAUAAUAGAAAAAUGAUUAGGAAUUGCUAGAUUGUGUUUUGAAAGCAUAUCUUUUUCUUUAGAACAAUGUAGAUUUCCAGAAUGGUUAACCUAAGGGGUCUUUACAAAAUGUGUUAUAAGUUAAACAUAAUUUGGGAAGUUUUACUUUUGUUUUCUUCUAUGAAGAAAAAAAUGCAGGCUGAGCACGGUGGCUCACGCCUGUAAUCCUAGCACUUUGGGAGGCCAAGGCGGGUGGAUCACCUGAGGUCAGGAGUUCAAGACCAGCCUGGCCAACAUGGUGAAACCCCAUCUCUACUAAAAAUACAAAAACUAGCUGGGCGUGGUGGCGUGCUCCUGUAAUCCCAGCUACCCAGGAGGCCGAGGCAGGAGAAUUGCUGAAACCCGGGAGUCAGAGGCUGCAGAGAGCCGAGAUUGGGCCACUGCACUCCAGCCUGCUGGAUGACAGAGUGAGACUCCGUCUCUGUCUCCAUUAAAAAAAUAAUAAAAAAGCAUAUGUGUAUUAGGGUGACUGAGUGGUGAUUUCAUUUAUAGUAAUACAGAGAAUAGCUAUAAGCUCAUUGACAGUAAAAACAACAAACCAGGAUUCUACUCUUUGAAAAGAAGUUUCAGUUUUGGAAUUUAGAAUGUAUAUUUGCAAAGUGACCAAUUUUCAUCUAAAAAGUUAUAUUCUAGUUGUGUCACCAAAUCAUCAAAAAACCUUAAAAAAGAAGUAACUUGCUUUGUAGGUUUGUAUUGUUGAUCUAAACCUGAUACAUGCUUCAUUUAAUCAGAGGAAUAAUCCUUUUUUCCACUGGACAUGUAUAAAUUUCACUGGAUUGUAUAAAUUUUUAUCUAUUGCCUUAAACAUUUACGUGAUUCUCAAUAUGUUUUAGCUGCAGUUUUGGUGUUCAUCUUAGAGGAUUCUUCAGCAGAAGUGAUAUUUCUUUACUGUUUUGUGAGGUAAUACUGAUUUUGAAAAUAUAUAUAAGCUAAAAACAGUAUUUCGUUGAUAUCAGUAGUCAUUGUGUUAACUAUAAAGUCAAGUGCCAGCAAAGAACUUUAAAACUGUAAAGCUGUGUAUAGAACUGUUUUGUGUAGCAUGGAAAUAUUCUGUCAGCUUUUUAAAGUCACUAAAUGUUCUUGAUUAUCAGCUUGAAGGUAUUUUUGUAUUACAAGUUGACAGUUGCUGGGUGUAGUGGCUCAUGCCUGUAAUCCUAGCAACUCAGGGGGCUGAGGUAGGAGGAUUGCUUCAGCCCAGGAGUUUGAGACCAGCCUGGGCAACAUAGCGAAACCCCAUCUCUACAAAAAUAAAAAAUAUGUCUGGGCAUGGUGGCCCAAGUCUGAGUCCCAGCUACUUGGGAGGAUCACUUGAAUGUAGGAUCACUUGAGUCUAGGAGUUCGGGGCUGCAACUAUCAUCUGCAGCUAUAAUCAUAGCUCACUGCAGCUAUGAUCAUGUCUCUGCACUCCAGCUUUGGCAACAGAACGAGAUCCCAUCGCUUAGAAAAACAAAGUUGAUAGUUAAAGAACAUAAGUGGAUGAUGGCAUUUGAGGCCACUAGUGAAAGUAUGUUCUCUAAAAUAUUUCUCUAAUAGUGAUAUAAAUGGCUAUUUUAUUAUGAUGUUUGUAUGUGUUUUGUAUUUCUCUGUAAACCAUGCUCCAGUCUUUGUUUUUCUGUUACCAUAAUGUAAGAGAAAGUCCUGGAACAGAGACUAAAUCCCACGAAACUGACAUUGUUAAACAACUAAAACAAAAGUACUUACCUCUUGAAGAUUUAGUAUAUAAUGGUUGACAUGAUACAUGUACAUGAUAGAUGACCAGAUGCUUAUGGUCUACAUUUUCCUUUAUCCUGUUAGUAUUACCUUCCUUAAUCUUUGUUCAUUAACAUGCUAAUUCCUCUUCAGUGUUUAUUUUCUAGUGACAGAAUGCUAACAUUUCUUACACCCUGGCAGAAGGGAGAGAAAUGUGUUUUGGGGUGGGUAACUAAAUUUGUGAGUGAAAUAUCAUAAGAUGAGAAUGGAAAGAGGGAGACACAAAAAGUUGUAACAAAAAAACAAUGUUUUUUUUAGCCAUUUGACUGGCUCUUUAACUAGUCUACAAGACAUUCAUGUUUAACAUCACUUUUAGUGAAAUAAAAUGUGCCGUACUACUAUGUGCUUCAAAAGGGCAAAUGUGCUUUAGUGCCCUAAGGCUAAAUUUUGGUCAUUUGACAUCAGAGAUGUUAUAAGUAUUGCACUUAAUACGUGCCUAUUUCUCAAUAGUGUUAUUUUUUGGCUAGCAUUUUCUUUACCAUUAUCUUGUUGAUAGCUUUUUGUUCUCUAAGGUUGAAACAUGACAGUGCUUAUCUCAAACAGAUUACCCAUCUGCAGAAUUAAGGAAAGCAAUUUAUGUAUGAAAGAAAUUCUCGAAUUCGUCAUUCUCAACCUUUGAAUUAAAGCUUAGACUAAAUAGUAAUAUGUCGUGGGAAGGAUUUUGGUUUUGUGAUAUUUCUGUGAAUUAAGGAAUAGAUGUUAACCAUUAUUUUGUAGAAAAGUGAUUUGUAUGUGGUUAAUUAUAAAUAAAACUGGUACCAGAA